AUGGCCAAGAAGCGUCGUGAGAAAGACGCCUCCAACAUCAAGCUCAAGCACCCGGAUCGCUCCGGUCCUAGCGAGCCCACCCUCCUACAGCUUGCUGACGAGCGAAAUCUGUUCCAACAAGCAUUGGAUAGAGAGAAGGAGCUCAAGAGGCAAAAGACACGGGCGAGCAAGAGUAGCGGUGAAAGCGACAGCGACGAAGAUGACGAUGAGAAGGAGGCCGAGGUAGCAGGUCUGCCGCCGCGUGUAGAACAGAUCAUGGACACUCUACUCUGGACCAUCAGCCUUUCCAUGCUUCAUUUCACCCUCGACGUUCUUGUGCAGAACCAGUAUGCUGUGGAACUGUCGUGGCAUGAUGUCAGUGUCCGGACUGGGAGGGCGUUUCUGGUAUUUGUUCUCCUGUUCUACACCCUCCACCAACAUCCAUCCGACCCGACCCUCCUCCGCGGCCUACCCGCUCGAUUCCAGAAUCCCCUUCGCCAGACCAUAUUCUUCGCAGCUAGCGUGGGAGCUGGCUGUUACCUGAUUUACAUCACCAACAUAUACAGCUAUCUUGCCGUCAUGAAACAGGCGCCGCCACUGGGGUGUCUCUGGGUAUGGUCGGUAAUCGAGCUUGACCUUGCCUGGGCGGUGUUGAGUCUGGCGUGUAGUGCCGCCUUCCUGUGGCAGGGUGGCUAUGACUUCAAGUAA